AAUAACCCUGCACACAACACUAAAAGAGACAAAUUGAGUAUGCAAGGCAGAGUUCGUCUAAUGAUUUUGGGAGCCUUAAUGUCCAUCACUGUUGUAUUAAACGAAAGUAAAAAGCUUGAUGGUUACAAGUUCCCUGUAUACUCAACACCAUUUUGCCCCCAAAAUGAAUCAGAGUGGGGCAAGAGAUCGUCGGUUCUCAACUGUAACGAGACUAAUGGCUACACGUGUUUACCAAACGAAAAGCUCACGGAACUGUUAGAGUUCUGUUAUACCCAACGUUGGAUAUUGAUUGAAGAAGGCUAUUGUUUGUAUCUGAAAAAAAAUGGCUCAUACGUUGAUUCAUACAGCUGUCGACACUUCUUACAUGGAUGUCACAAGUCUUCUUUUCAAAGCACAAGAAUCUAUGAACACCCAGCUUGCAUAUCUCUCGGUAAUGGAUGUUUCCUGGCAGAACAAUCUUGUGAAAGUUAUCACCAAAUGACUGUGAAAACAAUCUCUAGGAAUAAUACGCCGUAUCUGAGUAUUCUGAGCAGUUCUCCAAAAACAACUCAUCGUCCUGAAACAACAGUCAAAGCCAAGGAAGACUUGCUCUGGGCUGUGAUUUUAAUAGAGAUCCUUAUGUUCAUUGUCUGUGCUUCAAUAUUUAUGCUGUACCUCUACCGUAAUGAUAAAAUUUGCAAACAAGGUCCUGCUAUAGAAAGUGAGAUUCAAUCGGGAGAAAGAACGUUACUGAUAAAUAAGAAUGAGGAAAGUAACGAAGACCGCACGGCCCAGUCUGACUUUGAGUUAUAA